AUGUCUGAACAUGGGAAGAAAACCACAAAGCUCCUCCUUAUGCCAAAGAAAACCAAGUCAGCCAAGGCUGGUCUGCAGUUCCCGGUGGGUCGUGUCUACAGGCUCCUAAAGAGAGGGAACUAUGCUGACAGGAUUGGUCUUGGUGCUGCCAUCUACCUGGCUGCGGUGCUGGAGUACCUGAGCGCGGAGAUCCUGGAGCUGGCAGGAAAUGCUGCAUGGGAAAACAAGAAAUCCAGGAUCCUGCCCAGGCACAUCCAGCUGGCUGUGAGAAAUGAUGAUGAACUGAACAAGCUCUUCUCCUGUGUGACCAUUGCUCAGGGUGGGGUGUUGCCAAAUGUUCAUCCUGAACUUCUUCCUAAGAAGACCACCUCGCUUAAGCCACCCCAUGAACAUGUCCAGUCACAGGAGUUCUAG